AUGACUGUGGAAGGUUCUGGCACGCCUAGUACUGGCAAGAAGGCCAAGGCUGAGGCCCCCGGCAAGGAAGUUGCCGCGUGCACUGCCUGUCGGGACGCCGCUGCUGUGGAAAAAGCCGGGAAAGGUGAUGGGCCGUACUACAAGAUCCACCGGACCAGGGGCCACAACCUCCAUGAAUAUUAUCAAGUUGAGCAGCUUGUCAAGAGACAGAGAGCAGAGUAUGAUAAGGGCGAUAAGGAGAAAGACACCGUGCCCCGCGCCUCACGCCCGCUCCAGCCACUGCCUUGCCGCGCCACUCGGAGCCGUCUGAGCCCUGCACCAUUCCCCGCCUCCUUCCCAUCACCGCGGCCGCCCGUGACCCCGCUGCUCUGCCUGCAACAGCCACCGUUGCAGCCGCUCAGCUCCGCCGUCCCCCUCCUACUCGGCUUGGCCGCGCGCUGCCCGCACCGCUCAGCACGCGCGCUGCCAGCGCUCGUCCCGCCGUCGCCUUCGCCCCGCUCCGCCCGCGGGCCCACGCCACCACCUCCACCGCAGCAGUCCAAGCGCGCCGCCGCGCGCCUCCUUCGCCCCGCCGGCCCUGCGCCGCUCCCCCACAGCCGGCGCCCGCCGCCACGAGCGCCCCCCUCCUAG